AUGAUUUAUGUUGGUGGCUCUGAUGCAGAGACAGGACCUGUUGCUCCCGAAGACACCUGGGCAGAGAUGAAAGACUCAACAGAUGAAAUUAAGGGGAAAGGCUCAAGCAAGCUCAGAGUCUACCUCGGGAUGGGCGCCGUAGCCAUUGCCAUCAUCAUAUACGCUUGCGUUCGGGCAGCUCAUCAACGGCUGCACUUGAAAAACAUCAUGACGCAGCCUGCGAUCCACUGGGCCCAGAACUAUCUGAUUGAGCAAGUGGCCAAGUGGGCAAGAACGCAUCCUACGAAACCGGGUCAUGAUGGCAUGAUGCUCAUCCUGAAAACUGAUCCUGAAAAAUAUAAGCCCGUCGUACAGAACUUGGUCAUGAGAAAGCUGGUGCACGUCCGCACCUGUGAUGUGCACAAUGUAUGCGAGGCAAACCCGGUUGCGGAGGAGAUUCGUGCCAAGGUUUGUCCACGGGGUUCUCCUUGCCCAAAAGAUAUUCUUUCCCGUAUAGAGGACACAGCGUCGUGGGCUGCUAAGAUAGCUACGGAUGGUGCCUUCCAUGGUCUCUUGCAAGAAAUGCAGCAUCCUCCUCCAGCUCCGCUCAAGAACUUCGGGCCAAGAGGCAACGAAGGAGCUCCUCCUAGUCGUGCAGCCUCUGUCCCUCCCCCCGGAGGAGCCUGGCAGACUCCAGGAGCCAAUAACGCAUGGUGA